ACGAAGAAAACCGCACGUGUUCUGGCAUUAUCAUAACAAGCUAAGUAGAAUAAUCAUAGCUCACAACUUCAAGGUGAUCAGCAAUCAUCAUGAAUCCUCUCGACCUAGAAGAAUUCAAGAGGCAAGGUUACAUGAUGAUCGACUUCCUCGUUGAUUAUUAUCGUAAUGUUGCUAGCUACCCAGUUCUGAGUCAAGCCCAACCUGGCUAUCUCCGAAAAAUGUUGCCAUCUUCUGCUCCAAGUGAACCUGAACCCUUUGAGGAUAUACUCAAUGAUGUGAAAGAACACAUCGUCCCAGGAAUCACGCAUUGGCAGAGUCCAAAUUACUUCGCAUACUUCCCCAGCAGUAGCAGUAUCGCAGGUCUCAUGGGCGAGAUGCUGAGCACAGGGUUCGGUGUUGUUGGGUUCAAUUGGAUAUCAUCACCUGCAGCCACUGAGCUUGAAAGCAUCGUCAUGGAUUGGCUUGGACGAGCUCUGAAACUCCCAGAGAGCUUUCUUUUUUACAGUAAUGUUGGAGGUGGCGUGUUGUUAGGGACGACCUGUGAGGCCAUCUUGUGUACUCUUGUGGCUGCAAGAGAUGAGAAGCUCAGGCAAAUCGGAAAGGAGAAUCUGAAGAAGCUUGUUGUUUAUGGGUCUGAUCAAACUCAUAGCGCCCUUCAGAAAGCUGCUCAUAUGGCAGGAAUCCAUCCAGAAAAUUUCAGGGCCAUCAGAACGAACAAGUCAAGUUCAUUUGCUUUGCCACCGGAUUCACUCCGUUCUGCAAUAAUCAAGGACGUAGAAAAUGGUCUAGUUCCUUGUUUUCUCUGCGCCACAGUGGGGACCACUGCAACUGCUGCUGUUGAUCCUCUUGGAGCAUUGUGUGACGUGGCAAAGGACUGUGGCGUUUGGGUCCACGUGGAUGCUGCUUAUGCAGGUGGGGCCCUUAUUUGCCCAGAGUUCAGGCAUUUCCUUGAUGGGGUUGAAGGGGCAAACUCAUUCAGCUUCAAUGCACACAAGUGGUUUUUUACCAACUUGACUACCUGUUGCCUUUGGGUAAAGGAUUCAUCUUGUUUAACGAAGUCCCUCUCAACAAAUCCUCAGUACUUGAGAAACAACGCUUCUGAAUCAAACCAAGUGAUCGACUACAAAGAUUGGCAGAUAGCAUUAAGCAGGAAAUUUCACUCCCUGAAACUAUGGUUUGUGCUUCGAAGCUAUGGAUUGGACAACCUCAGAAACUCUAGAAACCACGUGGAAAUGGCCAAGACUUUUGAAGAUCUUGUGAAGCAGGAUGAGAAGUUCGAGGUUGUUGCACCUAGGUAUUUUUCUCUUGUUUGCUUUAGGAUUUCACCAAGAGCAAUUUCUCAGAAAUCCUUGUGUAAUAGUACUUAUCAUGAGUUCAGUGGUAAAAUCAUAAAUGAUGGUAAAGAACGCCUUGCAAAUGAAGUGAACAAGAAAUUGCUGGACUCAAUUAAUGGCUCCGGCAAAGCGUACAUGACACAUGGGAUGGUUGAAGGAGCUUUUGUGAUUAGAUGUGCGAUCGGUGCAACAUUAACAGAGGAACAACAUGUAGUUCUGGCGUGGAAGAUAGUUCAAGAACAAGCCAAUUCUAUACUCAGUGCUUUCCAAAGCAUCAAAGCAUAUUCUCAAUCUUAGCUAGACAUAUGAAACCAUUUAGGAAGAGGCACAUAUAUUGUGAACAGUGAUGGUAACAACAAUAUAUAUCAAUAUAUUGAGACACACAUAUAUAGUCGUUAUUUUAUUUAGGGAGAAUCA